CACGCAUUGAUGCUGUUUUUUCCAUUAUCCCUUUAUCGAUAGCUUAUUUUGCACGUAUGCUUUGCGAAUGAUAAGGCCCUUCUCCUGUGUUGGUUGAAGUUGUUUUCCCACCAUGGCUUCUGAAUUCAUCGGCUACAAUGUUUGUGUUACUCUCAAAGCACCUCCAAAUGCCAGAAUCCGCGGGGAGGUGGCCAAUGUCAUCGGCCAGCGUUUGACGCUCCGGAAUGUAAUGCUUAUGUGGAGUGGUCAUCACCUGCCUACCUACAGCAUCGAAGGACCUGACAUCGCGGAUCUCUCCAUUGAAACGCCAAGCAACAACGUCCCCCCUUCUCACAGCCAGUACCCAGUUCGAGAGAAUCAGGCGACCUCUUCCACAUCCGCUGGAACGGUUAAACCACAGCCUUUUGUGGAUCCGGCCAUAUUGAGCUUCUCGAAACCAUCUUUUGGUCAACCUGAUGAACAUGAGGGAUCUUGUGGCUCUCGAGGCCAAGUUUCUACGGACAGUGUACUGGUCGCUGAGCCGAUUCCUCCUGUUCCAGAGGAUCCGAUGAGGGAAGCGGUUGCUGUUACAGCGGCGCUGACAGAACCGUUCAGCAAUCUGGAAUUGAAUGCGGGCCGCGCUUCGACUACCUUGGAGGAGGUUCAUCCAGACGGUUCUAUUCCCGCUCAAGAUACGGCUGCGGUAGAUUAUCAAGCCCAGCCCAAACUUGUUGGGAAAAAGUCUCGUCGAGGCGGACGGAACAAUGCUGGUACGGUGAACGGUCAUGCCGUAACCGCAAGCACGAACCCCAAAUCCAAAGGCUGGCGUCAGACUGCAUUUGUUGAACCUUCUCAUCCGGAUGUCUCUCAGUUUUCUCCGGCCUACAAGGAACCCACUGCACAUUUUAGUAAUCGACGACAUAAAAAGAAAAGCCGGGGAAAAUAUGCCGAGGAUCCCAACGGCUGGGCUACUGAAGACGCAACAGAUAUUCAAGAAAUGGGAGACUUUGAUUUCCAAAGUAAUUUAUCAAAGUUCGAUAAGAGGCGAAUCUUCGAACAGUUCCGCAAUGGCGACACCACUGCGGAGGAGGCGCGCCUAAUUAGCUUUAACAGGAGAGCGAAACCUGGAACAAACGGUGGGAAAAACUUGCACUGGACCGAGAAUGUCCUUGAUAGUCCGCAGAACACUGAGGGUGAAGAGACGGAAGAAGAAGAAAAUGAUGCGAAGUUAAGCAGUGAAUACUACUCCGGACGCGAAAUGUCCCGGUCAUCUACGCGGGUUCAAGGCUCCCGCAAAGGCAGCGGAGUUCUAGGACAGCCCCUGGUGCCUCAUCAGAUAAGCAGCGUUACACGUACACAUCUGACUGCAUCUCUGACUACAAGUCCUCGGUCAGGCAAGCCCUCUGUUUCAGCCUCACCGAUGAGUGGCCCCAUGGGCGUAUCUGCCGCCUCUCUGAAACUGACGACCACAAACCGCAGCUGUCCGACUGUGAGCCCGCUACAAGCCCUUGAGGUUGAGCAACUGGCAGUUGCGGAGCUUGGCUUGACCGAGGACGUCAUCACAGAAAAUGCAGGAAGGGGUAUCGCAGAAGCUGCUGUUUCCCUCCUCUCAGAUGACUCUGCUGCUCCUACAAUACUGAUACUCACUGGCAACCAUCGCACCGGAGCAAGAGCCGUCGCUGCUGCUCGCCAUUUUCGUAAUCGAGGUCAUCGUGUGACUCUCUGUGUGCUGGGACAAGAACAUGAGAACGAACUUCUGGAGAGCUGUCGCAAACAACUGGAUAUAUUCCGGAAAAUUGGAGGACGUGUGUUCAGAUGGGAAGAGCUCCUGGCACGUCUCUCAACGUCUGACUUCAGCCCGGACUUGGUGGUGGACGCAUUGUUCGGUAUCCACAUAGCCUUCGACGACCUGCGUAAUGACGAUCAGGCCGCUGCAUUCGAAAUGGUCUCUUGGAUUAACCGGAGCAACGUCAGUGUUCUGUCGGUUGAUGUGCCGUCGGGUCUCUCUGCUUCUAAUGGCGAAGUGACAGUGGCGGAAGGCGGACGAGUGUGCGUCAAUGCCAGAUCAGUGGUCUGCCUAGGGGCUCCCAAAAUUGGAGUCAUCAAUGCCCUUCUUUCCGGAGAAGGGACUGGUUGGCAACUUGUCGUCGCCGACAUUGGGAUCCCUCAGGUCGUUUGGAGGAAAUACGGCACGCGUCGGCGGCACGGAGUCGACUUUGGGAAUCGCUGGGUGGUACCACUGCGCUUUCAGCCCCCUCUAGCUUGAGUACGACAGGGCACUUCGAGGAUGGGAAUCUAACGGGGGAGAAUCACUUCAGGCGUUUUGCGGGUGUUGGAAAAUAGAAAAUAGGCAAGAUACGGGUUUCUUUACAACCCCUAGGAUCUUUUCUUUUCUGCGCUAUGAAUGUCUUUGGUUUCUAUAGCCUGUCGCAAAAAGCAGCUGCAUUUUCUUGUACGAAUAUGAAUCCCGAUAUAUGUUAUACAGUCCUGGCAAGACAAGCAGGGCGUAUGAGAUGCCUGGCAUGCUGUAUGUAAUCUCCCAGUAAAUAGUAGUACCUACAAUAUAUUCUAUAUCAG